GCUACUACUGGCGCAAAGUUCCUCCUCUCGGUCCCGAAGGUAAACGGACGAGAAACCUCUUUUUCUGUCAUUGUAUGUUGUUGUGCCGCUAGUAAAGCAACCGAAAUGUCUCCCGAUUUCUGCGCCGAAUCAUCAGUGAGAAGAGAAGCUCGCAUGAAAACACAGCAUAAAAUCACUAAAAGUAUUUCUCAGCAGGGAAAUUUCCUUUAGUGUUCGCUUUCAAUAUUUUCUGGUGGCGUUAGCCGUGUUUUAUGUGAGUGAAGACACUGAAACAAUGGCGUUCUUCGUGAAAAAGAAGAAAUUCAAGUUCCAGACGCAUCUGACGCUGGAGGAGCUGACCGCUGUGCCUUUUGUCAACGGAGUGUUGUUCUGCAAGAUGAGGCUGCUGGAUGGAGACUUUGUCGCCACUUCUUCCAGGCAGGAGGUUCGAGAGAACUGUGUUCGCUGGAGGAAGAGGUUCACCUUUGUGUCCAAAAUGAGUGCAAACCCCCACACAGGAGUCCUCGAUCCCUCUGUCUGCAGGGUGUCAGUCAGGAAGGAACUCAAAGGAGGAAAAGCAUAUUCGAAGCUGGGCUUCACAGACCUCAACAUGGCGGAGUUUGCGGGUUCUGGCUCCACUGUGCGGUGCUGUCUGCUGGAAGGAUACGACACCAAGAACACACGGCAGGACAACUCUAUACUGAAGGUGAUAAUUGGGAUGACCCUUCUGUCUGGAGAUCCGUGUUUUAAGACGCCUAGCUGCACAGCAAAAUCCAUCUCCAUCCCGGGACAAGAACACACCCUGCAGCUGGACUGUAAGGGGGAGGGGACUGCCGAGCCCGGGCCGACUGGAGGGGUCUCUCUGGGCCGAGCCUCCAAGCCUCGACCCUCCAUCAUCAGCUCAGGUCUCCUUGAAGAAUCAGAAACCAACCACUCCGGUCCUGCAGAAGGAUUUCUCUCUGGUCACUCUCGUAACUCCAGCUACGCCAGCCAGCACAGCAAAAUCUCAGGUUACAGCACUGAGCACUCCUGCUCCUCCAGCCUGUCAGACCUCACACACCGCAGGAACACCUCUACAGGAAGCAGCGCCUCUGGGGGCGUGGCCUGCCCUGCUGACACCCCUGCAGAGGGGGACAAGGACGCCGGACGUCCAGAAAGACCCCCUCGACCUCCGCGACCCAUCUUACCCCUUAACAGGCCCUCCAGGAGGAAGCAGGACUCGGUGGAGAGUCACCCCUCUUGGGUAAACGACACCCGCAUGGACGCAGAUGACAUUGUGGAGAAAAUAGUUCAAAGCCAAAACUUUGCAGAUAUCAACAACACUGAAGACAGCAACCUGCGACUGUUUGUCAGCAGAGACGGAACGACGGCGCUCAGCGGCAUCAGGCUUGGGAACAGGGUGUCUGCAGGCGGGUACGAGCCUGUGGUGAUAGAGAGCCAUUAAACCUGGAGCAGGAGAGGUGGACGUGUGGAGCUGUGGAUCGUCUCGUCUUCUGUCUCACUGGUUUUCCCGGAGCUUCAGCAGGUCUGAUGCUGAGAGGGGGAAAAAACCUCGUCAGUUUGCACUUUAUGUGAAGUUUGUCUGUAGUCCGUUCAGCUGAUUCUCUGCCUUGUGGUGUGUUUACCUAACUAGAUUUUGGAUGGGAUUUAGAUCCAAAGAAGUCUGGAGAAUUAAAGAGAUAACACUUGAUGGUAAUUUCAUUUGCCCUGUUAGGGGAUAACAGAUACAGACAGCAACGUCAUCCAUUUGUCCCUGGUUUUAUUUGUCUGACUGAUGCUCUAUGCUUACUGUAGCAUAAAAGAAUGGAACGGUUUAAAAUUACGUCUGAGAUGACUGAUAUUUUCUGUGUUUAAGUUUCCUUUUUCAUACCAACUGCUUGAAGUACAGUAUACUUUUUUGUCGUAGUACUUUUUCUGCAGUAAGUUUAAAAAUUCUUUAAAAGUUUUAUUUAUCAAUAUUUCAAUUUACCUAGACCUUUCUGUAGUUUCCCCAUUAGCAGCGCCAACAAAUUUGAAUUUUUUCAAGCUUAGAGCUCCUCUUCCAUUUUAUCCUUUGUGCAUAAAUAUUAAUAUUAUUUUAGUACAAAAAUCUGCUCAGUUUUAGUCUCUUAUCUGGAAUUGAAAAGGGUUAACAUGGAGCCUGCUUCCAUCUGAUAUUGUUUGAUCUAAAAAUAUUGGUGUCUUGUUAGGGCCUGCGUAACUUUAGGUAAAAGAGUUUACAGUUAAUGUCAAGAAUAUUAUGUCACUGCUCAGAAACAAACUAUUGAGUAGGACAGACCACAGUACAGUCCACAUCUCCACAUCUCCAACUUCAGUCACAUUUAAGCCAAAGGCACGUGCUACAAACUACUUACCUAGAUCUACUUUACCUUCCCAGUCCAGGUUGUCAUGGUGCAUUUUAGGCCAAAACGAUCUUAUAAUACGGACUGCCAGAGACCAUUUGUGGAGAACAUGUGUGUGAUAAAGUGACAGUAAUGACAUUACAUUAGAGCCACUGGAAGACAGAGACAGGAAGUCAUUGCCGGCUAGCCCUGAGUAUGGAUGAUUAGGUUUCAUGUUCACCAACGGUAGAAACCUGGCCAAUUGAUUACUAAUUCCUCCGUCAUAAACUGUUUACUUACCUCAACACUUGCAGGAUGAUAUGUUCACCACACCCAACAAGUCAUUUUUGUUAACACUACAGAUUAUAUACACUUUUAUUUUGCCACUAGGAGUGCAGCCAUGGCUCAAUUCAGCGGUUUCACUGUGGAUUGUGUAAAUUGGUUCCACCGUUUCCCAACAGCCAGACAGGAUCUUUCUGUUCCGUGCAUUGCAUAUCAAACAAUCCUACAUGUACAUUUGAAGUGUGUUAACUUUCAUAGACAGGCCCAUCCAAACACUGAAUGUGAAGAGUUUAGAAAACCACUGCAAAGAUGCCAAAACUCUGAACCACUUUUAGUUUUUUGUCUUUGUUGUUGCUGUUCCCUGUUGAUCAGGGAAAGCAGUAGAACCACUUUGUGCCUAUAAAGUUUCUCUUGAAUGAUUCUGAAGCAUCAGGAAAUCUGUGAGUGCUCGUGAUGGAGAGGAGAGAAAUAAUGUUUACUGUUUUUCUGUUUCUGUUUUAAUUGUGUUCUAUGUUGUAACAUGCAGGGGAAUCCCAUCCUAUACUCACUGCAUGUUGCUGCUCCAUCUCCAUGAAGGAUCACUUGUUUCUCAUUUAGUUCUCCUCUCUCAUCAGCCAUCGAAAGUUGAAUGUGAGGUUGAUCUGAGAAAGACCACAGUUCUGUGGUACAAAACUGCUCUGGUUUUAUUUUUGAAAGAAAGUUUAAUCCAUGAAGAGGGAUUUCUGCAGACUCUAAAAGUCUUUGUUGCCCCCUGGUGGAGCAAUGACUGUAAGCCCCUUUGGUGUUCACAUGGAUGUUUAGUUAGUUUGUUUACAGCUGUCUUCAGAUGAUCAAACACUAAAGAGGAGUUGUGUAGAUCACCCACCCACACACACACACACACACACACUGGCAACCAGCUGGCUGGUUGAUGGUUUUUUUAAUCAAAACGUUUUUCCAUUUGAGUUACACCAGAUACUUUUCCUAAAGUAAGAACAUUUCAUUUUGACAAGAGUCUUAAAAUCAUUUUGUUGUUGUUGUUGUAAAAGGGUAAAAAAAGAAUCAAGUCUCUCUUGAAUUUAGUUGAAUGACACAGAUGUUAUCUGCCUACAAUCAUAAAGAGGGAUAAUCAGCACAUUUUCAAAGCCAUUUUGAAACCAACAAAUGAUUGUCUUUUAAUCUUCAUUUAUUUUUACUGUUGAUAAUUAAUUUCCUUUCAAACAACAAUUCGACAAAUUGUUUACUUGCAUCCGACACAAAUAAAAUAAUUAUUUUUGCUGAAUAUUUUUCCUUGUUUACAAAAAAUCUGAUUUUAAGACUCAAAAAUGUACUUACGGAAGAUAUUUUUACAGUGAAGCUUCAGUUUUCCACCUUCCACAUCUUCACACUACACUGGUUGAAUCCAGCUCAUUAUAUAAAGGUUGAAUCACUUUUCUUUACACUACCUGUUUGUAUUUUUGCAUCUGUUUGUUUAUUAAUCACAUGGUUUCUCACAGUUUUCGGGAUGAGCCACUGACUGUAUAGUCUGCAUUUGGGUUUACAUCACCAUAGCCUAGUAUUCUUUUUAAAGCAUUUAUUUAUAUGUUUUUUCCCCAUUUUAAUCAUUUUAUUUCUCGUUGUCUGGAGGUUGGUAACAAGCUAUGCACACAACUCACCUCCCUGAGCUUUUUUAUUUUUACAAUUAGAAAAUUCUAACAAAUUAUUAUAUUCUUACAAAGCUAGUAUUUUAUAGAGAAUUAAGUUUUUCUUUUUGUUAUUUCUGCUGAAAUGACUUUUAAACAAUAAAAAGGUAAUUUGA